AUGUCACAUAUCAAACUCGAUGUAUUUAAAAACGCAAAAAGCUAUAAUUCCAUGAAUCACUCUACGAUUAUUUGCAUUUACAUGCUCAGCACGCUAGCAAUGUCAUGGCCAUUUUCGUCCGGCAUGGACGAUCCCCUAGCUUCGGAGGCGGCUGCCGCUAAGGCGCAGGAAGGAAUUUUAUCGGAUGCGCUGACUAAUGAAAGCGUGAAGGACGCAAUUGCGAGGAAAGCGGCAGCAACCGAAAGUGUAAAGAAAGCUGCCAGGGAUCAGGCCAUGGCAGAAGAGCUUGCCAAGCCCACGCUGAAGCCAACCCAUGCGGAAAAAUCGUUUGCCAGCUGGUUGACAAGCGGAAAACAAGAUAUUAUGCCGACCCUAUUAGAACGAGAGAGCAUGAAGACCAACAACCCGGUCACUUUCAACUAUUUGGUGAGGCCCAAACAGAUGUUGGAGUUGAUGCAACAUGACUAAGGAAUCGUGAAUAAAAGUUUCAGAUGGACCA